AUGUCACAAGUAGCGCCUCAAAGUGGCACUCAGCCCACUGAGCAGGAGAACUUUGACUUCUGGAUUCGGAUGGCAACUGACAACAAGAUCACCUCAACGAAUAGCUGGAAUUUUGCGUUGAUAGACUACUUUCAUGACUUGACGGUUUUGAAAGAGGGAAAUAGCAUCAAUUUUCAGAAAGCUUCUGCGACUUUAGACGGGUGUGUGAAAAUAUAUUCUUCAAGAGUUGAUUCCAUCGCUACAGAGACAGGAAAACUGCUGAGUGGUCUCACGGUCAAUAAGUUGAACGAAAAGCAAAAUGAAGAGAAUGAUUCUGAAUCAGAUGAAGACCCAAUAGAGAACACGCAGGGUGGAGAUGAUAGGAACGAAAAUAGGCCAAAAGCCAAGAAACGAAACACAGCAGCGGUCAAUACAUUGGUUGAAUUUUCCAAAUUACAGACAAAAUCUAUAGAUACAGAACUGACUGUUGAUCCUUUAUUUAAGAAAGCGCUAACGGAUUUUGAUGAAGGAGGUGCCAAGUCCUUAUUGCUGAACAUUCUGAAAAUUGAUAGAGAUUGUCGAAUAGUUUUCGAUACCAGUAGUGAACGAACAAUCCAGACAAAUGAAGAAACACAGCCGCUAGAUAUGAACUCGAAUGACAGCAUAGAAAACAAAGAAAUUGAUGUAAAUCUACUGCGGCGCUUUCUACCAGAUAAUCUUGAUAAGCUUCACCUUUGUCCGUCAGCACCUGAAAUCGAAAAAGUACUCGAUGAGGGAGCGGCCCCUACCACACUAUUACAAAGAAUUGAGGAAGACAAUGCUCCAGAUGAAAAUGAGGACAAUUGCUUUUCAGGACCAUUGAUGGACAUGGAUGAUAAUUUCAACGAGAUUCCCACAAUUGUGCACAAUAACAUCACUUCAAAAUACUCACUCUUCUCAGGGAAUGAAGAGUCGGGGCCUAAUAUCACACUUAACAGACUCUUUGAUGAAAAUUUCGUUUCCAGAACCGUGGACAGCGAAGAUACCAGCAACGUUCACGAACACAACGUACUGGAUCAUUUUGAUAAUAUGCUGCGUAAAACGUGGAUGGGUCCACAAAAUUUCAAGAUAGCACAGCUACAGUUAAGACAUGAAAGAACUCCUCAACCUGUCAACACUGGGAUACCAACAGAAGAUUCAAAUGACUUGCAUGGUACAGUGAAACGAAGGAAGAAUGAGUUUACCAUUGAUUUUAGUACUGAAGAUGACAUCGAAGAUAUAUUUGAGUCUUCUGAUAACCUUCUUAUGCCCAAAUCAAACUGGUUUUCUGAAACACACAAUUUACUCCCUGAUGACAAGAAUUUCACGACUAAGAGAAUGAUUCACCUCUUCACCAAGUCAGAUAAGGUGAUAAAUAGUGCCUUGUUCCCCAAGAAAAAGAAAAUGCAACAACGAUCAUAUGAAGAUGAAUAUCAGCCAGCAGACGAAGAAUAUUUUGCUAGCAAGUAUGCCGAAGCCAAAAACAACAGAGUCAAAAACUUGAUUCAAGAUGAUCUAAAAGAGAUCCAAGAAUCUUUUGACGAUCAAUACGUGGGCAGUCCUCAUGGAGAUCGCCAGUACCAAGAAGGCGAAAAUUUUGACAACGAACCUGAUGACUAUGCUGACAAUAACUUUAAUGACAUGGAUGAGGCCGCGGAGGAUGACUUCAACCCUAGUAACCUUUCUUACUCCAAGAAAGGAGGAUUUGGUUCUCAAUUGGUAACAUCUGUGGGGAGGUUCAGACCAUCGAGUAUAAAUUUUGCAAAAGUAAGCAAACGUGUUGAUGUGAAGUUGCUGAAGGACAAUUUAUGGGAGACAUUAACCUGGGCAAAGAGCAAUAUAUUUCAAAAACCUUCUCAACCCUCCCAACCUUCUCAAGAGAAUGAUGAUCCAGAUGAUGAGGAGGAGCGGGUGAUUUCCGAGGCUGAAAACGAACCCACCCAUUCUGAACUAAAAUUUACCGACGUGGUGAAACAAAUGACACAAAAAUACUCCAACGAGGAAAAGAAUGAGAUAUCAACUAGUUUCUGUUUCAUUUGCCUUUUACAUCUGGCAAAUGAGAAUGGAUUGACAAUAGAGAACUCGGGAGAUCAAUCAGACUUGAUUAUAAAGAACUAA